AUGCGAUAUAAUAUGCAACGGUCACAGGUCGAAAUGCACGCGUAUGAGCUGCCGCCGCCGCCGUCGUCGUCGCUACACUGCUAUGCACUGCGCCGCGCCAAUACGACUACCGGCGUAGCGUUAACACUAUAUAACACAUUAUCGUAUUAUUAUGUUUACGACGGUCGGUUGCUAAUCCGUGAGACCGACGUGUGGGGUGGGGGUCCUCUGCUUGACGGCGACGGUUCAACGGGAGCGCAGGAGGCUGGAACACGACGCGACGCCGUGACCCCGCCCAUCGCGGCGGCGGCCGGCGACGGAAACUCUACUGCCACCACCAAUCGUCGUCGUCGUCGCAGACACCGUCACCACCACCGCCGAUUGCACCACUUUCCAUGA